CAUCUCGCGGGGACCAGGUUUGACCCCAGACAGAGCACAAUAAGUAGGCUCCCCGCUGUUUUUUUCUGCUCCAAUGACAGCCUGUGUGUGAGUGUAUCGUUGUGCAGUGUGAACGGUUUGGCCGAGUUCUUACUAUAGCAAACAGCGGAGCUCGCCGACUUUACAGAGAUAAACCGACACAGGCAGUUCAGCUCGACCAGCAGGCAUGGAGCUCUCUGCGGCGGGGGAUCGCAUUUUUGCCGCGGAAGCCAUACUGAAACGUCGCGUCCGUAAGGGAAGAAUUGAAUAUCUGGUGAAAUGGAAAGGAUGGGCCAUGAAACACAGCACCUGGGAGCCAGAGGAAAACAUCCUGGAUGACAGGCUCAUCCUGGGCUUUGAGCAGAAGGAACGGGAAAGGGAAAUGCAUGGGCCUAAAAAACGUGGCCCAAAACCCAAGAACUUAGCGAUGAAGGACCGUGGUCAGAAAGGAGAGUCCAGCAGCCGGGCCUUCAGCAGCCGCCAGACCGCACCUCGCUCCUCUUCGUCCACCUCCAACCGAGCAGCUCCCUCCUCUUCCGCCUCCUCUUCUGCCGCUCCUCAUACUCUACCAUUAUCCUCCUCCUCCCCAGCGCCCUCCCCCAAACUAAACUCUCUGGCAGCCACCCACAAACUGAAGAAAGACAUUCACCGCUGCCACCGGAUGUCCAGGCGCCCGCUGCCUCGCUCACACCCAGUCGGGCCUGCUUUUUCCAGUUCGAGUGGUUUCCCGUCCCGCAUGCAUGUCUCGCCUUUCUCCGAGACCGUCCGUAUCCUAAACCGCAGAGUCAAACCUCGGGAAGUCAAGAGAGGAAGGAUUAUCCUCAACCUAAAGGUAAUUGACAAGCCUGGCAGAGGUGGUGCAGCCGCAGGCUCCAGAAACGGGCAGUCUGGACGCCAAAACAUCCCCUCUCGCAAUCGCAUCAUUGGCAGAAAGGGGGAUGCCCCUUACAGACCGUUCCAGCCUCCUCUGAAGAUGCUGGGCUUCCCCAUGUACGGGAAGCCGUUUGGGCUGCAGUGUGGCAGGCCCAUGUCUUUUCACUCCCAAACAGGGUCCUGCUCUAGCACAGGAGCAAGAGACACCAACAGCAGCUCUUCACAGUGCCAGGCCCCCCCUCCUUCCUCUGCUCCCUCCAACUCGAGCAGUAACGCAGCUAAACGCCCCCAGCCAGCCGCUGAAGCCUCCAAGGAUUCAGAAUCCAGUACAGCUGUCCCAGAAACCCAGAAACCAUCUGCCUCUUCAUGUUCAGAAGCAAACGACAAAGUCCCAGCAUCUUCCUCACCGACUUCAUCUUUAGAAGACCAAGAUGAAGACGACAUGGACUGUUCCCAAGCCUCAGAGGAAGGUAGGAGUCCUGGCCAUCACAAAGCUAAGCCCCAGUCGCCCUCAGCAGUUUCCUCUGCCACUCCAGAUCAGCCCACAGCCCCCGCCGAUCCCCAAAGGGUUCCCACCGAGGGGGACCCAGACUGGCACCCUGAAAUGGCGCCGAGCUGCAAGGAUGUGGUGGUCACUGAUGUCACCACCAACCUUGUAACGGUCACCAUUAAAGAGUUCCCCACCCCCGCAUCCGGCCCCGCCUCUCCUGCUAGCGAUGAGAACGCCUCCACCCCUCCACCAGCCGCAUCGUCCGAGAAUGCCGCCAUCCCGAAGCCAUAAAGAUCCAAUAAUACGAACUUUAAUGCCAUUGAGGAUAGAAAAUUAUAUGUAAAAAUUAUAUCUUACCAGUGUUGCCACUUCAGCUCUAUUCUACCCUAUCUGUGUGGGGUUUGCCAAUAUUUGUUAGAUACUCAAUGAAAUAUAGUGUAACUAAAUGCUACCCAGCCAUGGAAGAGUAAAAAAAAACAUAUUUUUUCUAAAAAAGGUUUUUAAAAAAGCAGGCAGCUUGUUCGCCUUCUUGCCAUUUAGAUUGCCAUAUUUGAUCCAGCUUGCACAGAAAGCAGAAUUUGUUUUCUUUCACUUGAUAAACACAUGCUGAGGGCCGCCUGUUUGUUGCAGCUCAAGUUGUCCUAACGGCGCGUCCCUCACCCAUCUGCUGUGCUGGCUUUCAUCAAGCACACUUGUUGGAAGCGAUAUAAGUCUGCCAACCAUCGAUGAAGGCUGUCCUCUGUGGUGUAGGUAGCCAUCGACAACCAGUAGGUGUUUGGAGAGGUCCUCUGAAAGCCAGAUAGCCGAUGUCUAAUGAAGAGAUUGUUUUUGUUUUUUUUUUGUAAUUAAACUGAAGAUACUGCGUCAGUACAGCGAGGUGAAUGCAAUGCACUUGACUGCAUCAAAAAACAGCCCGUUCUGUGUAGUUAAUCAGGUUAUCAAGGCCUUCUUUUCCUUCCAUCUUUAUCAAACGCUUAUGAAUAUAAUGUAGGAGCGUAUUUUAGCUUUUAGACGCUGCAAAUAUUUCAAAAUACAAUUUCCAAGUUAUUCCUGCUGUAGUUUUAAUCUCGCUUCAAUCUCUUACAAUCCAUUCACCCCCUUCUACAGCUUUUUCAUCACUCCUAUCCAACACCACUUUAACCCAUGUAGGUUGAGGAACCGCGACCUACGAUGGGUUCUGGUCCAACAUCUGUUGGAUUUCAGAGGCAAUGGUUUGGAUUUAAAAUGUUUACAGACCUUAAAAGUUGUGCACAUUUAGUCCCUUUUAAACCCCAACCUUCAAAUGUGUGUAGACAACUAACUGAAUUGGGGGAUAAAGAAUACUCGUAUAGUUUUUAUUUUCACAUAUAAAAAUCUAUGUUCAUAUUUAACACCCUGUAUUUACUCUCUAGAACAAAAUUCAUCUGCAGCUACAGCUACAAAUGACCAUCUAUUCUUGCCCUUUGGUUAUGAAAGGAGCUCAAACGAAGUCGGAUCAGAAUCAACUUCAUUGUUGUGGUUUGUGUGCACAAACAGAACAAUGCUAACAUCAUAGCCAACAGACCGUACAGCAAGCCACAGCGUGUUUAAAAACACUUUCUAGAGAUGGACGAGGAGCAGUUUAUGGGAGCCUGUACAGCCCAGAGGGAAGUUAGGUUUUGAUGAUGCAAAAUAUUUUAUUUUCAGACAGUAGCUGACUUUCCUGCCUAUAAUAGUUUUU